AUGAGGUUUGAUUUUUUAACUGCGAUCUUUCAACAAGUCCAAGUAAUGAGGUUUGCCGUUGAGGAAAUCAACAACUCCAGCACCCUGUUGCCAGGCGUGAGGCUCGGCUAUGAGAUUUUCGAUGAAUGCUCAGAGAACCACAACUUCAAGUCCGUUCUUGACUUUCUGGUGGAAAAUCGCUCGGUUCCAGUCAGAAACAGCAGCCUCUACUAUGAACCAAAAAUCAUAGCUGUGACAGGACCAUUUGGUACCACGGACACAAUAAGUGUUGCACCACUCUUCAUGUCUAACCUUAUUCCCAUGGUAGCUCAUGGAGCCACUAGUGCACAGCUGAGUAACAAAAAACGGUUUCCCUCCCUUUUCCGAACCGUUCCAAGUGACAAGUUUCAAGUGCAAGCUCUUGUACGUCUCCUGCUGGAGUUUGGGUGGAAUUGGGUAGCGUUCAUUGGCGGUGACGAUGACUACAGCCGGGACGCCCUGCAGGGGUUCACAGAACAAAUUAGGUCCGUUGACAUUUGUUUGGCCUAUCAGGACACAGUCACAAAUGACGUUUCAAAAAUUCCGGCUAUGCUUGACAUACUGACCGCUUUGAAUAUCAGCGUUGUGUUGGUGUUUGCUAACGAGGAGUUUGCGGUUCCUUUCAUCGAACAAGCCAUCAAACGAAAGCAGCCGAAAAUGUGGAUUGCCAGUGAGGCAUGGUCUCUUAAUCAGAGGCUGAUGAAGACGAAUGGAAUUGAGACCAUAGGCACUGUUUUGGGAAUUACAAUCGGGGGAAUCAAGACCUUGCAAGGGUUCAAGGAGUUUGUCGUACGCUCGCUGACGCACGAGAAAGGGGCUGCCCAAAGCAAUGUGUCGCUGGCUGGCGUAGAUGACACGUGCAACCAGGAAUGUACCGAGUGCCUCACCGCAGACCCAGAUAUAAUCUUCAAUGAAGAUCCAACCUACAAUUUCGCCAUUUACUCCGCGGUGUACGCUGUAGCACAUGCACUACAUAAAGUCCUUCAGUGUGAAUCACAAGGUUGUAACAGCUCAAAACGGGCCUAUCCAUAUAUGGUGCCAGAGCUGAAGUGUUCACCAGAGUGCACAAAGGGUUACAAAAAGGUACAAAGAGAAUACCACACCUGCUGUUUCGACUGUCAGAUCUGCACAGAGGGAACAUACAUCAAUUAUACAGCCGAUCCCACCGAGUGCAGGGAUUGCAGAAGGGAUGAGUGGUCGGCGAACGGGAGCGUGCGCUGCACCAAGCGCUCCGUGGAGCACCUCAUCCCCACGGAGCCCGUGGGCGUCGGCAUCCUGCUGUCGGCCGCCUCCACCCUCCUCUCCUCGCUGGCCAUCGCCGGGCUCUUCGCCUGCAGGUUCCACACCCCCGUGGUGCGGUCGGCGGGCGGCAGCAUGUGCUUCCUCAUGCUGGGCUGCCUGUGCCUGUGCUCCGUCAGCGUGUUCUUCUACGUGGGCCACCCGGGCCCCGUGCACUGCUUCCUCCGCAACCCCGCCUUCGCCGUCUUCUACACCGGCUGCAUGUCCUGCCUGGCCAUCCGCUCCUUCCAGAUCGUCUGCAUCUUCAAAAUGGCCUCCAGGCUCCCCAGGGCGUACGACUACUGGGUGAAGCACAACGGGCAGUGGGCCGCCGUGGGCGUUGCCAUGGCCGUCCAGCUGCUCCUCUGCGGGCUGUGGAUUGGCGUCGACGGGCCCCAGCCCAUCUCCCACACCAUGGGCAGGGCGAUUGUGUUCGACUGCUCCCUGGGGAACUCGUACAUCUUCUACACCAUCAUGGUGUUCCUGGGACUGCUGAGCGUGACGUGCUUCUCUUUCGCCUACAUGGGCACCGACCUGCCCAAGAACUACAACGAGGGCAAGUCCAUAACGUUCAGCCUGGUGAUAUUCUACAUCUCCUGGGCCAUGUAUCUGACGGCGUACCUGACGCUGACGGGGAAAUACCUCCCGGCUGUGAACGCCUUCUCCGUCCUCAGCACCCUGCUGGGGAUCCUCGUCGGCUACUUCUUUCCCAAGUGUUACAUCAUCAUCUUCAAACCCCAGCACAAUACGGCCGCCUUCUUCCAGACUGCCAUCCAGAGCUACACCAUCAACAGCAACACGUGAAGCGUCUGCUCACGGCCGCGACUUACGCACAGUAAAUAGACUGGAGUUAGAGAAUCUACAGUGCCGGCUACUCAAGUCUAAAACAAAAGGAAGACUGUGGUCCCUUACUUAGUUUAUUCUUUUAUCAGAAUCGGACAUGUUUCAGUGGUUUCCGUCAUCUGCAUUUCAGUCUUUACAAGGUUAUUAGAGCCUUUAAACUUUGAAACUCACAGUACAUAAAUGACACCAUCUUGUCUCAGCUCAGGUGCACAGAAUUCCCAAAUCAAACAAGUUAAACCGAAAUUUGUAGCAAUAAUUCUGACAUUCUGGCUUCAACCUCAUAAUAACCUUACCAAUACCAACCUAUAAUAAUUAUUUUCUUUGCUCAUCUAAUAUAAG